GGUUACAGGUUAAAUUACUUUUAAAAAUAGAAAGUUACUAGGAAAAUGGUGGUCAGCUAUUAUCUAAAGUUAUAAACAACUAGAUACUUCGACCAACAAGGUUUCGGGGAAGUGAUAAUUGAAAUUUUAUUAUUAUACAAAACUAUUUAUGUACAUUAGUUGAAGAUAAUUAAAAUAGAAUAUUCAAAAUAAUAACCCGGCUUUUUCCUCGUGUUUGGCAUUGUCAAAAUCGUAAAAAAUGGCGGAUCCUGCUGCUUACAAAAAUCGUCUACAAAAUUUUAAGAACAAAGGAAAAGAUCAAGAUGAGAUGCGAAGAAGAAGGACUGAGGUUACAGUGGAACUUAGGAAGAAUAAACGCGAAGAAACUUUACAAAAAAGACGUAAUGUACCGGUCGCUGAUUCAACAGAUGAAGAUGACAUUGAAAAAUCUUUAUCAAACACCAAUUUAGAACAGCUAGUUGAACAAGCAGCCACAGAUGAUAAUCCGUCAGUACAAUUGAUGGCAGUACAGUCCGCUAGAAAACUGCUCUCUUCAGAUAGAAAUCCGCCUAUAGACGCUCUAAUUGAUAGCGGAAUUUUACCGAUUCUUGUUAAAUGUUUAGAAAGACAAGAUAGUCCAUCGUUACAAUUCGAGGCAGCUUGGGCUCUAACCAAUAUUGCAUCCGGUACAUCAGUACAAACAAACAAGGUUGUAGCAGCUGGAGCGGUACCGUUAUUCCUCAUGCUUCUCCAUUCACCUCACCAAAACGUGUGUGAACAAGCCGUUUGGGCUUUAGGUAACAUAAUAGGCGAUGGUCCUAUUCUCAGAGAUUACGUUAUAGAAUUGGGCGUAGUGGAUCCGUUAUUGUCAUUUAUUAAACCCGAAAUACCUAUUUCGUUUUUGAGGAACGUCACGUGGGUUAUUGUGAAUUUGUGCAGAAAUAAGGACCCGCCGCCGCCUAUAAGGACGAUAGAAGAACUUUUGCCAGCUUUGAAUGCUUUAAUUCAUCAUACUGACGUCAACAUUUUGGUCGACACGGUUUGGGCUCUAAGUUAUUUAACAGACGGCGGUAAUAGUCAAAUUCAAAUGGUAAUAGAUAGCGGCGUAGUACCGAAACUGAUUCCGUUACUUAGCCAUAAAGAAGUAAAAGUACAGACUGCGGCACUUCGAGCUGUCGGUAACAUAGUAACUGGUACAGACGAACAAACUCAAAUAGUACUGAAUUGCGAUGCUCUCAGCCAUUUCCCAUCAUUAUUGGUGCACCCCAAAGAGAAAAUAUGCAAAGAAGCCGUUUGGUUCUUAUCGAACAUCACCGCUGGUAAUAGAUCCCAAGUUCAAGCGGUCAUCGACGCCGGUCUUUUACCUAAAAUUAUACUCAAUCUCAGAAAGGGCGAUUUCCAAACGCAAAAGGAAGCCGCUUGGGCUAUUAGCAAUUUGACGAUAGGCGGUGAUAAACAGCAAGUCGCCAGGUUGAUACAGGAAGGGGUCAUACCCCCAUUCUGCGAUCUCCUCAAUUGCAAAGACGCCAUGGUUAUACAGAUCGUCCUCGAUGGUAUUAACAACAUGUUGAAACUGGCAGGUCCGCAAGCCGAUCAAUUGUGUACGAUGAUCGAGGAAUGUAACGGUUUAGAUAAAAUCGAAAAUCUACAAAAUCACGACAACAUCGAUAUAUACAAAUUGGCUUACGAAAUUAUAGAACAAUAUUUCGGCGGAGAGGAAGUCGAAGAUUCCAAUAUAGCGCCAACAAGCGGCGAAAGCGGUUUCACUUUUGAUCCCAAUACGAACGUUCCAAACGAGGGUUUCAAAUUUUGAUCGUUCAAUUAUUAAAAUUAACAAACAAAAUCUAUUAAAACAAAAAAAAAUAAUAAUAAAUAAAAAUCUGUUCAUCAUUAGCCACACACUGGGAAAAGUAACCGAAAGAACGGAUGGGAGAGAAUGAAUAUGGGAGAGAAAGAGAGAGAAAGUGAUAGGGCGUCGCUUCUUCACUUUAUAAUUAAACGCUACGUUUAUACAUAUAUUUAAAUAUGUACGUUCAUUUUAAUUUAAACAUGUAUAUAUAUAUAUAUAUUAUAUAUUUUUAUAUAUACCACGAUUUGGGCUUUAAAGUAAACCAGAUUUUUUUUUAUUUUUUAGGAGACAUUUUCACACAAAUUCAAACACUUCAGUUGAUUAUAUCGAUAAUUUUACGAAAUUUUGAAAUAGUAUGAUAAUCAUUGAUAAUUUUCGCGGAAUACUGUAUUAAUUGCAACGUUUUAUAAAUUAAUAUUUUAUCUAUAUUAAAAGUAAUAUUUUGAACCGUUUGGUUAUGGUUAAUUGGUUAUUACGACCCUUUGAAACGUUAUCAAUCAAAUCUGUACAAUUCCUGAAUUAUUAAGUUAUUAUAAUAUCUGGACUAUUAUAACCCUUUUAGGAACAUUCUAAGACAUUUGUACAAUUUCUUAACCGUUAAGUCUUUUUGUCAAGUUUCUAGGUCAUAUAUGUACAUGUUUUGGACUAUUAUGACUUUUUGAGAACUUUCCGUACAAGUUCCGAACUAUUAUGACCUUUUCUUAACUUUCUAGGCCAUAUCUGUACAAUGUCUGAAUUAUUAUGACUUUUUGGGAACAUUCUGCACAAGUUCUGACAUCAAAAUUUUACAUUUUAUGGAACACUAGUAUAGUUUGAUAACUUUCUAGCUCAAAAUAGACAUUCCUGGAACUUCAUCAAAACUUCAAAUAUAUUCUAAAUCAUUUUUGGAACAUUUACGACAAUUCACAUGAAAAUUUUACAUUUUUUGGAACAUUAUGACGUUUCAAAACCACACUAGUUUAAAAUUGUACAUUUUUUCGGAAGAUUAUGACAUUUUAGAUAAGUUCUGGAACAUUUUACAUCAAAAUUGUACUUUUUUCGAACAUUAUGACAUUUUAGAUACGUUCUAAAUUAUUUUUGGAACAUUAUGACAUUUCAGAACCUUCCUAGUUCAAAAUUGUACAUUUUUUGGAACAUUAUGACGUUUUAGAUAUAUUCUAAUUUAUUUUUGGGACAAUUGGCACAUUAUAUGGAACACUAGUCUGUUUUGGGAGAUUUCUAGUUCAAAUUAGGACAUUUUUGGAACAUUUAGAACAAUUCCCAUCAAAAUUUCACAAUUUUUGGAACAUUUUUUGAUUCUAUGGAACUAAAAUAGUAAAUUUUCUACGCAUAAACGAAAUAUUUAAGUUUUUGAAAAUUAUAAUUGGAAAUAUUCUAAAUCAAAUUUUUACAUUAUUAUGAACUUUUUGGAGGGAAACUGCACAGUUUUUAUACAAUUGUGACAUUUCGGAAACAUUCUGAGAAAAUAAAAGAUUCCAAAAAAAAUCGAAUCUUAAUUGGAAUAUUUUGAUAAUUGUGUGAAUAGAAUUUUUAAAUGUACAAAAAGGACCUCAACUAUAAAUUAAAGUCAAAAAUAUACGAAAUAAAAAUUUUUUUAAAAUGAUCGUACAUAAUAAUAAAAAAAAGAUCUGAGCAUGAUUUGCGACCCUAGUUAUUUAUUUAGUUUUUUUUUUUUUAAUAUUGUGAGAACUAUACGGAUUAUUUAUACAGAAAACGUGAAAAUUAAAAACGGUAAAAAAUAACGGAAAAUCCUCACUUCCGGUUAAAUGUUGUGAUGCGAUAAAAGUCAUGCGCAGAUUUUGUGACAAUUUACCUUGUAAUUUAUAUGAAUCAUGAUAUUAAUUUUUUUUUCAAUGUUCCAGACUGUUUUAUAAACCGAUGCCAAAACGACUUCAUACUUAAAAAUAUUAACCUUCGAUACAAUAAUAAAUAUACAAUGAUUGAAGGAAGUUUCAGAUCUGGCGAGUAUGGUGGUUGUACAAUGUGCGUCCACACUAUAUGGGGACUGUAUAAGGGCGAGAAUCGUCGAUAAUUGAUUAAACUGAUCUUCUUUGAGGAGGUUUUCUAUUGUGAUCGAUAGGUCAUCUGGAUAGGUAAUUAUCCCCAUGAUUUCAACCGGUGGAGCUUGUUUGUACUCAUAUAUCCGUGAAGUAGUCUUCCGCCAUGUAGAUGAAAUAUUCUGGGCACUUUAUUUCCGUCGACGAUCCUUGUGAAGACUUUCCGAACCCAUUUCUCCUUCGACCAUUUCUACCAACUUUUUUGGGCACUAAAACUCCUUUGAUGAUAACUGCGGAGCCUUUUGGAACCAAUUUGGUUUUGGAAUAGUCUUCUAACAAAUUUUCUAAGCACUGGAAGUCCUUUGGGAAUCCUUGUGAAGUCUUUUGGAACCCAUUUCUCCUUUAAGUAGUCUUCUAACAUUUCUACAAAAUUUUUUGGGCACUCAAACUUCUUUGAUGAUCCUUGUGGAGCCUUUUGGAACCAAUUCGGUUUUGGAAUAGUCUUCUACCAAAUUUUCUAAGCACUGUAAGUCCUUUGGGGAUCUUUUUGGAACCCAUUUCUCCUUCAAACAGGUCUUCUAACAUAUCCACUAAAUUUUUUAGGCCCUCAAACUCCUUUGAUGAUUCUUCUUGUGGAGCCUUUUGGAGUUUUCUACCAAAUUUUUUAAGCACUGGAAUUCCUUUGGAGAUUCUUGUGGAGCCUUUCGGAACCUCUUUCUCCUUCAGUCUUCUAACAGUACUACCAAAUUUUUUUGAGCGCUCAAACUCCUUUGAUGAUCCUUGUAGAGCCUUUUAUUUAUAACGAAGUUCGUUUCAGUCAAAAAUAUCUCUAUUUCUACUUUAUAGUCAACCAUUUUGUUUUACUAUUUAUGCUACGUAUGACGUGAUUGAGAUAAAAUAUGACAUAUGGCGUGUUUAAAGUGACAUACAAAGCGGUUGCGGUGACAUUACAUGAUUAAAUCGACAUGACAUAAUUUAGUUGACAUAUGACGUGUUUGCGAUGACAUAUGACGUGAUUGACGUUGUCGAUACGAAUUUUGUAUUACUGACGAUUUGUGUUGGUUUAUAAUAGUCUGUAUAAUUCGUGGUUUUUGUUGUAAGGUGAAAUUAUUUAGGAGAAGGCUGUUGAUCCAAUGAGCUUGCAUACUAUUUGUUUUUUGUUCAUUAAUAACAAUUUCGAGUUACCAAUAAGACUUGUCGAAGAAAAGAAGUGUAUCGUAUUAAUGUAGAUUUUUUUUGUAAUUUACAUGAAAUUUUCGUAUCCAAUAAGUAUCCAAGCGCAUUGUUGUUUUUUUUUCUUUUUUUUUUUUAAUCAUUUAUAAAUAAUUUAUGAAAUUGGGACUGCUAUGAUAUAUUGCUUUUUGAAAUUAUCAAUUUUUUUUGUUGUUCAGUAUUUGACGUUUGUAUUAUAAUUGAAAAAAUUAUUUUUGUUUUUUUCGAAAAAAUCCAAAAUCGGUCGAGGUUAUUUCCAACUUCAUAAGUAUUGAAAUUCAAGUGAUGUCGCGAUCCUUUUCCUAAUAUUUGAUUGAAUAGGAAAAAUACUUUCAGUUGUAAAUAUAUAAUAGAAUAAACAUCAAAUAAUUUAAUGUUCGUAUU